GUGUUUCAUCUAUUCCUUCUCCGAGACGACUGUAAUUUCUCCAGGGAGCCUACCGCCCAGGCCGUCUCUGGACAUUGUGAAGAAAAAUACACAUAACAGAGGAAGCGCUGAUACUACACAACAUACAGAGAUAUGCUCAAUGUUGCAAAAUCGGAGACAGAAAAUGCUGCACUAAUUUUAAACUCCAACCAACAAGAGAACAGCACAGCGAGACACCAUCCUCAACCAAGAUAGGCUACAGCUAGCAGGCUACGGUCCUGUCAGAAACUAUGCAAGUUGUUAUAUUGUUAUUUUAAGAUCGCUAUUUUUGUUCUUUUUUUCCUCAUUGAAUCGCGGGCUCGGUUUGGAUUAAACCUCAGAUUCGCUUCUGACGCUUCUGUUCUGAUCUCUGAACGGGACAGUAGAGAAGAUCUUGGAUUAUUGCUUUUACGAGGAAGAAUGGAUAAUAUCAAAUAAUAACAUCAUCGACGAGAUGACCAAGCACUGAACUGCUGUGCUGGAAAAGCCUGUCUUUGCUCCAACUUUUUUGGGGGGGCUUGUCAGUUUCACUUGGCAAUGAUGUUCGGGGAAGGCUGGCUGUGUUACAUACCGCACCAGGGCUCUCUGGGAGGAACCAUGGAUGAGUUUCAUCCAUUCAUCGAGGCCCUCCUGCCACACGUGCGCGCCUUCUCCUACACCUGGUUCAACCUGCAGGCCCGCAAGCGCAAGUACUUCAAAAAGCACGAAAAGAGGAUGACGAAGGACGAGGAGCGCGCGGUGAAGGACGAGCUGCUGGGGGAGAAGCCCGAGGUCAAGCAGAAGUGGGCCUCGCGCCUCCUGGCCAAACUGCGCAAGGACAUCCGGCCCGAAUGCCGCGAGGACUUUGUGCUCUCCAUCACGGGCAAGAAGCCGCCCUGCUGCGUGCUCUCCAACCCCGACCAGAAGGGCAAGAUGCGGAGGAUCGACUGCCUGCGGCAGGCGGACAAGGUGUGGCGCCUGGACCUGGUGAUGGUCAUCCUCUUCAAGGGCAUCCCGUUGGAGAGCACGGACGGGGAGAGGCUGGUCAAGGCGGGGCAGUGCGCCAACCCCAUCCUCUGCGUCCAGCCCCACCACAUCAGCGUCUCGGUCAAAGAGCUCGAUCUUUACCUAGCCUACUUUGUCCAGGAGAGGGAAGCAGAGCAGAGCAGCAGCCCUCAGACUGGUAUUGGCUCAGACCAGGAGGACAGCAGAGCUGCUACCAUGGAUGGCCCUGAUUUUCAGGAGAGCUUCAUCACAUCAGGAGUUUUUAAUGUAACAGAGUUAGUGCAAGUCUCCAGAACUCCAGUGGUGACAGGCACAGGCCCUAACUUCUCUCUGGGGGAGCUACAGGGACACCUGGCCUACGAACUGAACCCCCCAGGAGCAGGCAUGAGGAGAACCCUGCCCAGCACUUCCUCGAGCGGGAGCAAGAGGCACAAGUCAGGAUCGAUGGAGGAGGAUGUAGACACCAGCCCAGGAGGCGAGUACUACCCCUCACCCAGUUCGCCUGGCAGCAGUUCCCGAAACUGGCAGGAGGACAUGGAAGGAGGGAUCUCCCCUACAGUGAAAAAGACUGAGAUGGACAGCCCCUCCCCCCAGGACAGCUCUCCCCGCCUAAAUUUCACACAGCACCACCGGCCGGUCAUCGCAGUCCACAGCGGAAUCUCCAGGACUCCACACUCGUCAUCUUUGCACUUCCCCACCACCUCCAUCCUGCCCCAGUCGGCCGCCUCUUACUUCCCCCACACCGCCAUCCGCUACCCCCCGCACCUCAGCUCCCAGGACCCGCUGAAGGACUUGGUCUCCCUGGCCUGCGACCCCUCCAGCCAGCAGCCCGGCCCGCUGAAUGGCAGCGGUCAGGUGAAGUUACCCAGCCACUACAUCUCCUCCCAGAUGCUGGUGCCCCCGCCACACCCCAGCUUGCCCCGUUUGACACUGGCGCCCGACUCCAAAUCUACUACCACCACCUCAGAAGGAGGGGCCAAUUCUCCUACAUCACCCACGUACUCAGCCCCCGGGACACCCCCUGCCAGCCGGCCCUUUGUAGGCAUCGGACCGAGGGAUCCUGGAGGACUCUAUCAGGCACAGUCUUGGUAUCUGGGGAACUGAAGAAGGAUUGCAAGUAAUCCUUUGGGGCAUGGACACAUGGAUUUGAGAAAGAAAUUGUGACUUGUUGUGGAAUUAUGAAUGAAUUAUACGAUGCAAGAGGGAAAGCAAAAUAUAUACUAAAAGCAUAUGUAGAUUUAAAAGAAGUUUUAGUUGGGCGUCUUGAAGAAAGAGAGAGAAUGUGAGGAUAGUUGAAAGAGAGAAGUGGAUUUUUGGGGUUGUGGUUAUGCAGACACCCCCUCCCCAUAUGCUGAAUGUGGGCUCUCCCUCCUUAUUCAAGGUGCUUCUUCCUCAUAUAUGCAAAAUAAGUAUCCUUUAUUUUCUUACCCACCAAGAACGAGAGAACCAAAAGAACUGUUCCAGAAACUACACUUUCUUCCCAAGACUGCCAGCUGACAGCGAUUCCUGUUUUUGAAAGUAGACAAGGACGAAUGCACAGUGGAAAGCUGUCCCAAGAUUCCCGGGAGCCCUUUUACUUUAAAUUCUGACUGAACAGAUGAAAAUCUCGCAAUUUCUUAGACAAUCAUCUGCCCCGCAUAUUUAUUUCUUUGGCAACGAGAGGGAGAAAUGUUCAGAAUGAGCAAAAAUGCACGUUCCUUCAGUGCUGCCCGGUGUGUGGUCACUUACUUAACGCUUUUAUUUUUGGGGGAGUUUUUUGUACUCGCUUAUGGGUGUUAAUAUCUCCUUGGUGAGCAGUGUGGGAGAAGAAGGACACCUGGAUGGGACGCUGCACAGGAAGUGAUGUGAGGACAAGAAACAGGUCUUGAGUCAGAGAACUUUCCCCCUGGAUGGAACGUUCUGGAUGUGACCUCUCCUGCUUUUAAGGUCUGAUGCCAAACACUGGGCGUGGACACGGGCCUGCUUCUUGUUCUUCCCUGUGCUUUGCUGUGAGGUUCAACACGGUCAGCUGCCUCCUUUAUUUCUCUUAGCAGAAUGUUUGUAUUUUAGGCCACAAAGUGACCAAACAUCCUGACCUCCGCAGUGGAGGAAGUUUAUAAUAAACAAAAAAGUAAGUGUACGUAAUCUUUAAAAAUGCACUUCCCUGCACCAAGUCAUGUUCUUCUUGCUGUCUUGCGAGCAGUUUUAGUCAGGCUAGAUGCAAUGGCUUUAUUUUUGCAUGGUGGCUCUGGGAAUACUUGCAAAAAAGACUUAUGUCUCUUGUGCUGCAGAAGUGAGUCUAAGAGAAACACUUUUUUUAAUAUGUUAAUUUCAAUUUCAUUGGAAAUGAAAGGCAUUGCACUACUAUAAAGUUAAUUUUCUUCUUUAGCAGCUAUUUUUUUAUCAUGUUUGGCAUAAUCAUAUGAGAUGCUGCAACACAAGUUUUUUUUAUAGUAGAGUGUAGUAUAGUAGUUAUUUUGGUAGUGGGGUACCUGAAUUACAAUCAUUGGCUUUAUCAUUAUGUCGAUAAUGAUUAGAAUUGUUCAUCCAAUACUACUAUGUUUCAAAUUUUAUAUACUGAUCUUGAAAAUUUCCUUUGUGUGCAUGUGCAAAUGAAACAGGAGAAUCCAGUGGCAUUUCUUGUGGCAUAACCCUACCAUUGUGACCUGUUCAACCAUAUUUGUGUGUACAAUCUUAACAUUUGACUUAACAUUUGACUUUUGGGUGGCAUAUUUUAAAGCAGCUUUGGCCAGCCUUAUUCCUGGAAAUCUGCUGUCCUGUUGGUUUUCAUUUCAAGCAUAAUUUGGUCAUAAUUUAAUUUUAUUAUAUAGCAGCUCAACAUAAUCUUUAGCUGUUGAAUGAAGUGUGCUUUGUGACAGUAGAUCUUCAGGAACAGGGUUGGGCAGCCCUGUUUUAAAGCAUACAGGAUGAGUGAAUUCAUUUGUGAAUGCAUCAAUGAGCUGGUGCAAGGAUGCCAAGGGCUGAAAACCCCCUGUUGUAGGUCUCUGCUACUUGGUUGGCAAUUCAUCGGCAACUAUAUCAUGGCUUUUUACGUGCACAUGUUAUUCUGGUGCUUUCUAAACUUGAGGAACGGACUGCCAGGCUCUUUCCUCAGUCCACCUUCUGUGCAAGUCAGAUACUGGUCCUGUUUAGUAUUUGAAAUCUAUUUGAAAAUCAUAAUAAAUGAGAACAGUGCUCAGUGGAAUUGGCAUAAACUCCCACCAAAUAUUAAAAAAAGGUUGUGAUGCUUUUCUUAAAAAAAACACCAAAAGAUUAAAGCCAGGAAAAGUGCCUAAUGUUUUCUCAAGCGUUUUUUGAGCUUUUGGUUGGUAGAACUGGAGGCUCUGAUGGUCUGAGGUUAGGCAGCAGUUUGGAAGGGAAACGGAUGUAGGUGGGUUAGCACCACGUAGAAACUGCCUUGCAGUCUAGUGAUAUUACACAGCUCUGGAUCGAGAGACAAAAAAUAACAAGACGCAUAACAUUUAUGACCCAUUCAUGACCAUUUGUUUCUGCUAUAAACACAAUCAAACUGACAAAUAUCAAAGAUAUUUAUGUGGCCAAAGAUAUUUGUACAGUAAGGGAAUAAUAAUAAUAUCCGUACAUGUUGGUUCUGCUCUGAUUUCUUAAACUGGGAAUGACUGCUGUAGAAAUGUCCAUAUGUAUGUAGUAAUAGAGGUGCCAUUUAAGGUGCAAUAAUAAUAUACAUUCACAUAUUUAUUUAUGUAGAUAUUAAAAUAACGCUAUCUGACCACCAUAAUGACAGGAUGACAUGCCCUGUCCCCCUAAUGAACAAUAUGGAUGGGUUCUGUUCCUCUGCGCUGUCAAUUUUAGUGCAGUUAGUAUUAAAGGAUUCUGUUCCUCGACCUACUGGACCUUAGCACAGUCAGUUUCUAUUCCUCUGUCCCGACGAUCUUAAUGCACUCAGUACUGAUGUGUUCUCUUCCCUUCCCCAGUAGAUCUUAAUGCACUCACUACUGAUGUGUUCUGUUCCUCUGCUCUAAUGUUGAUUUCAUUUUAACUCCCUCAAUCAUGAAUCCUCUACAUUGCACGAUAUUUUAUAUAUCACAUUAUGUGCCUUGCCUUUGGGUAAAGAUAAUUAUAAUCAAUGAACUAUUAAAGCGCAUCAAGAAUAUUAAUUUAUCUUUUUGAGCAUAAUCAGCAUUUCUGAACGAAAAUAAAAUGCUGCAUGAGUGAAUGCUUAUCUUUAUCCAAAUAAAAUAAUCACUAGAUUAAGUUUACCAUUUUUAUAAAAACAGAAAACUUUUUAAAAAACAUGCUUGAAGAAAUGAGAUGUACAGUAGUAAUUUGAAUAAUAUCUUCAAUCCCCACAAUAUUGUAGUGACAUUUAUCAAGCCUGGGUUUGUUCUUUCUCUAUAGUUCUCUUUACUUUGGAGGGAUUGUUUUGUUCAUUUCCCUUUGGAGUAGUGGGAACUUUGUUCUAUUGUGAAUAUUCUCAAUAGAUUUCUUGUUUUCAUUGAUUAUUAUCUUUCCCAUUACCUUGUCUAUAAACUUGUAUUUAUUUUAAAAACAUUAUGAAAAUAUGCAAUGUCAGUUUUGUCUAUACAAACAGUCAUGUCUAUACUGAAAACAUCUUUUACUUCCUCUUUAUACUAUAUGAAAAAGGCUGAGUAAUGCACAGUACAAGUUGCUGUAGCUGUUUUUCAUUGACGUUGGCCAAAGUUAGUUCAGUAUGCAUGUGAAUAAUGAGGAACUUGUCCAAAGAUAAAUACAUUUGAAUGAAUAGGGACAAAAAGUGUUUCUCCACUUUUUGAGGUCUGGGGACCGAGGCAAAGGCAUGGGGGUAGCUCAUUCCGAGGUUAUAGCAUCAACUCACUUACUUGCACAUAAAACAACUGAGAACUGCUGAGUAGGACAGAACAAUAAGAGAGAUGUGCCAUGUAUCCAUGUCCCUAAAUAUUCAUAAUUUGCUGUAGAUAUUAAUAAGACCUAAGGCAAGCUUCUGUUCUGAGUGCCAAUCUGAUUCCAGUGUAUUGUAACAACAAAUUGGUAGGCGGCAUUUUAAUUGCAGUAUCUCUCUAUAGUCUCUGAAUUACUAUAGAUAUUUAAAAAACUAAGAACUUGAACGAGUUAUUAAUUGAAAGUAGUCUUACUGUUAAGGUACACUUGUUGUCACUUUUUGUCAUGCGUAUCAUUUGGAUGCCUAAGUUUAUAAACUGUGGACCUGUUCCGCUGUGUGCUUACAGUCUCCUGAUCAUAACAUAUUGUACCCCAGAAAUGUAUGAUGAAUUAUUCUUUAAGAAUUAUUGAGUAGUGUUUACUACUGUAUGAUUUACCAAAUGUGUGCAGUAUAAUUAGUCAAUAUUAAAGACACAUUGAAAAUAAGGCUACCUCCUCUGCAUGUCUAACAGUUGUAUGUGGGUAAUGCACAUGCAUGGGCAGAGUUAGUGGUGGAAGGGUUUAUUGAAAGAUAUAAAACGCCAACAUAGCAGGGCAGCAGAGAUGGAGAAUGCUAACAUGGAGAGGGGAAUGGCCUGGAAGGGAUUUUUCAGGAACUGGAAUCAGAAAAUUAUGCUGGUAACUGAUACCUUUGAAUGGUGUCUGAGGGCGACCAUUUAGGGUGCAGCGAGAUACCUGGCACAAGCCCCAGCCCAAUUCUGUUCUAGAUAUUUUGUUUGUCUGCCCACUUGCCCACUCACUAAGCUCACUCCAGAGCAUCCCCUGUAAAACCCAGACAUGUUAAAGCUCCUAUUUCAAGGGAAGGUUAUUCUCUUUGUCAAAAGUGGAAAUCACUUCCCCUCGAUUUCAUGGUCUCCAAUGAAAUCUGCUCAACAUCCAUAACCUUUUCAUGCUGCAGCAAAUAUAUACAAAUAAUUAAAAAAUAAUUCAAAAUGACAAAAUAUAUACAUACACACACACAUGCACACAUACAUACAUUUAGUAUGUUGGGGAGAACAAGUAGUCCCUACUUAAAUGGAAUUUACUCCAAACCUGUGUGAAGUAAGCCUUUGUCCUGGGAUGGGGUGGGGUUUGGGUGGCAGGUGGCUGUAAGAUUUUUCAAGUACCUUGCUGUAUCCUAUUUGUAAAAAUGAUCUUAAAUUGCAAAAAAAGUUUUAAAAAAAUGUUCCAUUACACUGGUUCCAAUAUAAUGUUUAGCUUUUUUUCAUGAUUAAAACUCUCCUAUCUCUUUUUAAAUUUAUAAAUUCAUAAGAAAAAAGUUGCUCUGGCAUAUUUCUGUACUUAAGGAGUAUGGGCUCCUGGUGUCAGAAUAAAUAUACAUAGAUAAAAAAAGUAAUUGUUGUUACUAUUGUUUUUUUAUUAUUAUUAUUCUUUUGGUAAGGAAUAAUGAAUAUUUGUUUAACUGAUUUGUGUAAUUGGAGAGAUUAUUAUUAAGAAUAAGAAAGGAUUUUAUGUCAAGUUUUUAAAGCAGGGUCAUUAAAGGUCAUGUACAGUGUAUAGUGUAGUGGACAUGGCAACGCUGAUAGCUCGAAAGAUAAAUAUAUAAAUGAAAUGGCAGAGCAAUAAGUGUUGUUUACACACCUUCAUCAAGACUUGGUCUUGGUAUUAUUGGUCCUAGCACCCCUGGUGGAAAUGUACAGUCGUGCCAGUCAGAUGGCACUUUAUCUUGUCCAUCAGAUACAAAUAUCAACAGAGACAGAAUAUUACCAGAGCUCCAAGCAACUUUCCUAUUUCCUACUUUUCCUAACAGGACAUGUGAUGACGCAAGAGUCAGUGGCAGAGAUUGGGCGUUGCACUGAAAGUGUCUCUUUAAAUUAUCUUCUUCAGCUUUUCCAUUAUCAUAGCAAAGGUCAUAAAAAUAGUGACACCAGAGGAAACUUGUACAGCCAUCUUUGUCGAAGAGGCAAACAAAUUCUGGCAACUAACUCUCCAGUAUCACUAUCAAAUUCAGCUCCACUCAAAUCUGCUUCAUAUGCACCGUAUAGCCAAGGGGACAUUUCAGAAACUGAUAUGUACGUUACUCCACUUAUUUUCACUUUUUAAGUGUACACAAAGAUCUUUUUACUGAUUUCAAAGUUGUCGGUCAAACAAAGAAAGAAAGAUGGGUUUGCCCUGUUGCCAACCAGCUACCAGCUGUUUUAAAAUAUAGCUUGAGCUGGUCAAACCAUGUCAACUGAUUUGCACACUCAUCUCUCUAUGGUUCAGGCAGGGUAUGGUACGGGCACUUUUCGGGCAGCACCAGUCCAAUACUUCUGCAGCAGUAUAGCCAGCAGUCUGUGACAUGCAUCUUUUUCUACUUAAUGGAGCUGACAUUAGAAGUUGCUUAAUAUGUAUCUAAAUCCAUGCAUGUAAAAAACGUGAUUACAUUUUAUUAUACAGCCAUAAUACUUCUUCAAAGAAAUUGGAUGUCCUGGUAGUGAUGCUUUAUACCAUGUAAGAAUCACUUAAAGAUGUGUGUUUCAGGAAGUCAUAAAAGUUAAUCCUGAAACAGAUUGAGGGAAUGGUGAGAUAAGACAGUGAGAGUGAUUAUGAGAAUUACAGUGUUAACAAGAACACCAGUGAGUGAAAGCAGUCACGUUAAUUUGGUAUUUUUACCUUUUCUGAUAUCUUCUGUAUUUUGUGCUAUUGGAUUUUUCAUAUGUCACAAGUGUAGCCAACAGGAGUUUGCCUCUUCUUUUAAUUUGUGUUUCACUGAUUGUACAAAGGACUUGAUGGUUUCAACUGGUUGGCAGUUUAUUUUGGAUUCAGGGGUACUUGAGUUAGUUGUGGCCAGUGGACUGGAUAUGAAAUCAGUUGAACAUAAAACUGACUACCAUGAACUAAAGGAGGUUGCUUGAUUGGUUUUCUGAAUUAAUAGCUAUAUCCCCUUUUUGGGCAUAGAUUUGCAUAUGACAUUGAAGCUGUAUGAUAAAAACAGCCUGCUUCCUGGCUUGGCAUAGACAUUGGAUCCUUACCAUGUCUCAGGUUUGGGAAAGGUUAUAUUAGAGGCCUACUGCCCUCAAAUCCAAAACCUCUUCAAAUAAUUCAGAGACGAAUGGCAACCCUUAUUAUUUGACUUUAUUUUAUUAGAAAUUAGAUAUGUAUGCAAACAGAAUAUACUUCCUGAGCAAUCCAAACUUACCCUGCCUAAUUGUGGACAAAUCAUGCAGGCAAAGAACUGAGAGCAUUUUGCUUGCCUCUGGUCUUAAAUAUCAGCAUCAUUGUGUAUAUAUGAUACCACAUCACCUCUACUAAUUUCAAAAAUUAGCCCUAAGGUACAUGGCUAACUUAAUACUGGAAUCCAAUGUGGCCAGGUUUUCCCUCCCUAAAGAACACUACAUGUUACAUAACCUUACAACAUGCCUUUUGAAUACUUUGUGUGUUUAUAUUAACUUGGAUCAUGGAUAAAUUCAAAUCAAGACCUGUCAGAGUAGCAUGGCAACAGACAGAAGAGUUACUGAAAUAUAUUAACUAGAAUGAUCAUUUGUUGAUGAUUCCAGAUACAGCGGCAUAUUUCUAAACCAUCGAGGGUAUCUGAACUGUUUUUGUCUCAGGUCCAGUAGAAUGCGGAAUACAGGAUGUGGUUUGUGUAUAACUUUAAUCAACAGUUUAAGGAUGUGCCCAUUCCUAUAGCUUGUCUUGUAAAAAUAAUCAAUGGGCCUUUUUUUUGCAAUGCAAUGUCAUCAGAUUCUCCGAUGAGAGCAAUCCAAGUCCACGGUCCUAUUGUUCUAAUCUGUUCCCAUUGCCCGGACACCUUCAAAAAGUUUUGUUCAUUUUGAUAUUUUACAUGUAUUUAUUUCUUUGAUGUGAAAUGUAUAGAGCUGUCAGAGGGUUUUGAUGACAAUGACGAACAGGCCACAAAAGAUAAUUUCUCACCAACAAGUUAGUAUGUUUCGUUUUUCGUUCAUUUUGGCAGUCCAAUCACGGGUGUGUGAUUUCGGUAUUGUUCGUUCCUCUGGACUCAGAUAGUCCUGAUGUCAUCCCCUCCUCUACAGAAUAACCAGAGAGAGAGAAACAGACAAAAAGAGAGAAAGAGAGCAGCCACACCUCACAGCUGGGCAUCAGAACGUUGCUGUUUACACAGUGUUGUGUUACAUGCAGUAUUCACUGUCCAAUGUGUAGAUGUCAAAUGAAAAAGAGCAACGUGAACAGUAAAUACCAAAAAUUCAAAAUCUUCAACAAGCAGUGCCUGUCAUUUUAAUGCGCGUUUUAUUUCUUUGAUUCAGUAAGCGUUGGUCAUUCCUUAGCUCUGUGCUACAUCAGUGUUUUUGCCCUUAGGCAGAGGGAGCCAUGUUGUUUCCACCCGUGGCCCCUGCACUCUGCUGUCCUCCAUGCCCCUGGACUCUCCCCAAGGGGGCUCUCCUGUGGUCUGUGAAGCUGGGGGGGGGGGGGG